AUGGGACGUCUCGUAAACGGAGUUGGUCUCUUGGCUUUGUUAUGGUUCCAUGUUUUUGUGGUGCAUAAUGUGGUUGCGAGAGAUAGUUUGAGCUUUAGCAAAUAUGAAGAGGAGAAGACCGUCAUAGGAGGCAAUGACAAAGGUGGAGACACUGGCUGUGAAAUUGGUAACUGUGGAGUCAUUGGCUGUGGUGAUUAUGGAGGUGGCGCCGAAAGCGGUAGAGAUGGCUCAGGCGGUGGUGAUUAUGGAUGUGGCGGCAUUGGCGGAAAUAUAGGCAUAGGCAGCAUAAGAGCCCCAAGCCCAACCGCUUCUGGGUUGUGUAAUGGAGAUGUAUGUGAUGGCCGAGAAAGAAAAAGCGAAGGCAGUGGAAUAGGCAAAGGCCGUGGUUUUGGAGGAGAAGUUGGAACAGGCUUUGGCUUUGGCGGUGGAGGGACUGGUCACCAUUGA